UGCUGCUGCAGUCCAGAGUGGGUCAAGGGUCCCAUGUACGCCUCCCAUUGCAGCUGUCUCCAUCGCCACACUCUGCCAUGUGCCACUUUCAGGUCUCCUCACACUGCUGGUGUGUUCGCAUUUUGUCAUAGGGUGCUGGCUGAUUUCGGGCUCACCCAUUGCUGCUGCCAGGCCCUUAAUCUGCCAUGGGACCCCUGUACCGCCCUCCUCAUGCUGCUGCCACCGGUAUCCAGAGUCGUCUAUCAUGGUCCCCUGUACGGCCUCCCAUUGCUCUGUCUCCAUCGUCACACUCUGCCAUGUGCCACUUUCAGGUCUCCUCACACUGCUGGUGUGUUCCAUUUUGUC